UGGCGGGGCCCGCCACGGCCGGCGAACUCGGUGCCGCUCCGGGGGCCGGGCCGAGGCCGCUGCCCCCCGUUCCCGCCCAGGUUAUGAAACCGCGGGGGAGGGGCCAGUGCCGCCCGCCGGCCGCGGCGGCACCGGGAGAGCCGAGGCCGCGGGAGCGCAGUGGUUGGACAGAAUGGCUCCAGUGAACCAGCCUAAGGACAAGAAGCGUGAGAGGGCAUGUCAGCAUUGGCCAGAAGAGGCAAAAACAGCUGGGAAGAGGAAACGGGAUUAUGGGGAACGAGGGAAUGAGAAACAAGAAAAGAAGUUGUUUGGGAGAAAAACAUCUAAACCCUCAGGGAAAAUUGGUUGCAGUGGAGGUGGAUUUGUGAUGAAAAACAAGAGAGCCCUUUCCUCUCAGCUGGAGCGGCGGUGCAGCAUUGUUCAUUAUGUGUACCAGAAAAUGCUGGGAGGCUCCAUGCAGGCACAGCUCAGGCAGAGAUUGGAGCUGGCUUUUCUGCGUUCUCUUUCCUCAUACUGCCUCUUUCGAAGAGCAAGUCCCUUUGACAGGAGAGUGACGUGUCUGGAAUGGCACCCAACACACCCCAGUACGCUGGCUGUCGGUUCCAAAGGUGGAGACAUCAUCCUUUGGGACUGUGAAGUACUUGCUAAGACCUGCUUCAUAAAGGGGAAAGGGCCAGGAGAUUCUCUCGGAGACAUCAAGUUCAGUCCUUUUGAGGCAGAGAAGCUUUAUGUGGCAUCAGGUGAUGGCACCCUAAGUCUGCAGGAUCUUGAGGGCAGAGCGGUGCAGGUGAUCUCUCGUGCCCUGGACUGUGGCCAUGAGCAUCAUAAUGUUUGUUGCUGGUACUGCAGUGUGGACGUUUCUGCAAGCUGCCGUGCAGUGGUGACAGGUGAUAAUGUGGGCAACGUGGUCCUGCUCAGCACUUCUGGUGAAGAGAUCUGGAAGCUGAAAUUGCACAAGAAGAAAGUAACUCAUGUAGAGUUUAACUCCCGAUGUGAGUGGAUGUUUGCCACAGCAUCUGUGGAUCAGACAGUCAAAAUCUGGGACCUCAGAAAUAUCAAAAACAAAACAAACUUUCUUCAUGUGCUUCCACAUGAGAAACCUGUCAAUGCAGCUUACUUCAGCCCAACACAUGGUGCCAAGCUUCUGAGCACAGACCAACACAAUGAAAUCAGGGUUUACUCAUCUUCAGACUGGACCAAACCACAGCAUCUGAUUCCACAUCCACACAGGCAGUUUCAGCACCUCACACCUAUUAAGGCAACGUGGCAUCCUCGCUAUGACCUCAUUGUGGUGGGUCGCUACCCAGACCCCAAGUUCCCCGGGUACACGCUGAACGAGCUGCGGACCGUGGAUGUGUUCGAUGGGAACACGGGCGAGAUGGUUUGUCAGCUCUACGAUCCCAACGCCUCCGGGAUCAUCUCGCUCAAUAAAUUUAACCCUAUGGGAGACACACUGGCUUCUGGCAUGGGCUUUAAUAUUCUGAUCUGGAAUCAGGAGGAGAUGGCAGCCAAGAAGCAUGAACAUCUUUUGAAAGCCAUGACAAAUGAGGAGAUUGAACCAUGAGAGAACAGGAGAUUGGAAGCUGGAGCUCAUCCAGAUGUGGAGGGCAGAGGCAGGCAAACCUGGCACAAGCAAACUCAAAAGCUAAGUUAAUGUCUGGGAGCUGGAGGAGAUGAAAACAAGAAGCAGUGAUUCUAAACCACAGGGAAGGAAGUGGAAAGAGACGGAUCUAGAGACCUGAUUUAGUAUUUUGAUCCUUUCUGAAUCCCAGGGUGCAAACUCAGUUGUUGGCAAUGGGCAGUGUAACCCAUGCAGGGAAUUAGACUUUGUCCUUCCUUCCUGGAUCUGAUGUUGCUUCCCUGAUCCUCUUGGCCUCCCUUUGUAGGAAGUUGUGUCAGUACUUGGUUCCUCCAAGUGGAGUUACUACUUGUUUUCUGAGGCACUAGAAAAACUUCAAAAAUGUUCCUAGAUCUUGCUGAAGUUACUGCUUUCAGACUACCAUAUCUGUGUGUCAUCACUUGUCAGAGGUUCCCAUUUCCUGUAGUCUGCAGUGGAGCAGCUCACGACUGAGGGUCCCCAGAUUGUUCUAGUCCAACCAAGGUGAGAAACCAUUUGCUAACAGGAUGGACAUCCUGAAAAGGUAGAAUGUUCCCAGGGGUGAAGUCAUGGAUAGCUUGGGUAUCCUAGAAAACACCAAGCUCUUGCAUAUGCAAGCCUGGAAAAUGUGUUUGUCAAGACAUCAGGCUUAGCUUGUUCUCUGCUUGCAGCUGUUUAACUGGACCACAAAGAACAGGAUGCCAGAGGUCUCUAUCAUUGAUUGCAAGGACAGUAUGGAGCUGGGCACCUACUGAUUCUGUAGUUUCUAUUUUCAGAGUUCUAGGCUGUUCCUUGCCAAUGAUUAGGUAAUUUUUUUCACUCAUGCCUAUGUGCUUCAGAAUGUUUGGUAAGAGUGUUAUAAAGCAGAAGUGAGGGAUUUCUUCCAAAUACCCCUGCUCAGAGCCAAAUCUCAAGACUGUUGUUAAACAGUUAAGUUUUGCUUUUUCUAGUUUGUUUACAAGGCUGCCUGGGGCCUUGCUGCUGUCCCAGAGGUUGAUGGGAUGGGCUCCAGGCCUGUGCAGAUUCUCCACAUUCACGUUUAUAGUUUUGCAAUAUUAAUAUCAAUAAAAUUUUGUACUAAAAUUC